AUGGAAAUUGAAAAGGUUGAAAUUUCUUCUAAAAAUGAGUUUCGUGUUUUCGCCAGAAGAUCUAACGCAGCAGAACCCAAUUCAAAACGCCUGAAUACACAUUUACCUCGAGAUUCGUUCGGGGCGAAUUCGUUAACCGCAAGUGCCGAGGAUGACUUAGACCUUUUCACCAAAACUCAGUCGAAAUUUCUCGGGCGCUUCCUCACAAGUCGACCUCGACCCAGUCGUUCGUUGGACGAACCAGCAAUCGCCACGACGACCACGACAAUUACAACGCCUGGCCUCCUUGAAGGGCGACUACCCUUCCGACGUCCAGCUCUUCAAGUCACCAAGGUGUCUCCAGGCGACAUUGGACGGCGAUGUCGGAGAGCACUUCACCGCGCAGCUCUUUUCCUCCUUACUGCAGUCCUCUUCUCCCUGACAAUGAAUACCCUCUUUUCUUCCGUCAAGUGGUUCUUCCGUUUACCUCACAAUAUAACUGUUGGAAAUGUCACAAUGGAGUCAGAUGUGGUCGUCGAUUCGCCCGCUCUUCUGGCAUAUCUUGUAACUUCCAGUUUGAUCAUUUUCAUUCCCUUGUCUCUACUUGCGUCUAUCUGUUUUGAUCGAAAGGUGGAUAGUCUCUCAGGUAUAUUCACAAUCUAUGUAAUUGAAUUGACCGAGGGCCAUGCAACGUGGAGUGUGUUGAUAUUACGAAGUUUUGCUAUGAACACUCUCUGGACGAUUUGUAUUUAUUGUAUAAUUCGAGCUCUUCGCUUACUCUCCGUCGCCGAUAUGACCAUGCUCCUUGCAAUUCUUCCACCCUACAGUUACCUCUUCACCUGGAUCCUAGUUCCAAAGAAAUUUGUCGCAUUCAGGGCAUGGAUCCCAACACCCCACGUGUGA